AUGUCGAAUGGGGAGGCUCGCCCUCCAGUGGUGCAGCUCCAACUCGACCGCCUAAACAAACUCUACGAUGAUAUCAAAGAACUGGACAAGAAAGAGGAGUAUGUGGGUGUUUCGCUCAGCCCGAUCUCCAACCUCCUCGCCUGUCCCAUAUGCAAUGGAUAUUUAGUCAACGCUACUGCCAUCACAGAAUGUCUUCACGUCUUUUGUCGCUCCUGUCUUAUCCGCAAAUUACAGCAAAACCAAGAAUGCCCGUUAACCCAUUGCCGCGAAAAGGUGAUUUUGUCCGCCGAAGGAGCCCUGCGCUACGACCGCACUCUUCAAGACCUUAUUCACUUGCUCGUACCGCGCGUUUUACAAGUCGAAACGAAGCUGGAGAAUGAAUUCAACUCGACCCUGCGGCGCGUAUCGCUCGAGGGCGGCGUCUGGCACAGUCGCAAGAAUAACCUCUGGCAACAGUCCGAAUUUACUGAUCCUCUGUUGAGGCUGAGGAUCGUCAAUCAAAAGUCUGGCGCUGAUAAGUUCCUACGCGUUUCGAUAAGAAUGCCCCUCUCCGAAUUGAUCUAUCUUAUCCGUUCCAAAUUCUGUGAUAAAGCAAAUUCAAGCAACAAGAGUCAAUCGACAGAAGACUCAACACAAACUACCGACAUUUCGCUAAUAUGCAACGAUUUCUUUCUCUAUUCUACGCGCGGCGAUAGCCAAGACUAUUUGGCAACUAAUCGCACUACUUUUCUCGAGAUUUUCUUAUUAUUUUGGUUCCCGAGCAAGGGACGACAACUGUUGGAAAUUUUCUUUGACGAAUUGUCUUCGUGA